AACAAAUGCACGUGAUCUAGGAAGUUGAGUGAUGAAGGAGAUGGGGCGAGUCAUAUUUUCCACCGUACUUGUGUGUUUUUUGCAGAGUUAUUCAGCCGCUAGUGCCCCAUGUGCCCUGAAGGACUUUGGUGAAGACAACUUUGCGUGUGUUUGUAACUCGACCUAUUGUGACACACUUGACCCCAUCACCCCUCCUUCUCCUGGUGUUUAUAAACUCUACACAUCAUCGAUAGAUGGACAGAGACUUGAUCAGACAUUUGGAAAUCUUUCAUCAAAACCUUCAUCAAAGGUGGUACUGAAAUUAAACAGCAAUGUGACUUAUCAGGAAAUACUUGGGUUUGGAGGAGCGUUCACUGAUGCUGCCGCGAUCAAUAUUCUCAACCUGACCUCACCCACACAGGAUAACCUGCUGAAGUCCUAUUUCUCACCACAAGGUAUAGAGUACAACCUAGGACGUAUCCCUAUGGCCAGCUGUGACUUUUCCACAAGACUUUACUCUUAUGAUGAUGUACCUGGUGACCUCAAUUUGACGAAAUUUUCACUUACAACCGAAGAUCUGAAGCUCAAGAUACCAAUAAUUCAAGCAGCCCAGCGGUUGUGUAAAAGAAACAUUACCUUAUUUGGAAGUCCAUGGAGUGCCCCUGCCUGGAUGAAGACCAACAAUAAAAUGACCGGCCGAGGCUCGCUUAUCGGUCAACCAGGUGGAAAGUACUAUAAAGCAUGGGCGUCAUAUUUUGUCAAGUUCCUACAGGAGUAUAAAAAGCAUGGAGUGGACAUAUGGGGACUAACGGGACAAAACGAACCGUCCGAUGGGAACAUCUUUGAUUUCAAAUUCCAGGCAAUGGGCUGGUCUCCCGAAACUCAGAGAGACUUCAUAGCUAUGGACCUCGGCCCAGCAUUGGAACAGUCAGGGUUUGGUCAUGUGAAGAUAAUGAUUAUGGAUGACACCAGACUGUUUUUACCUCUAUGGGCAGAAGAGGUGUUCAAGAAUACAGAUGCAGCCAAGUUUGUGUCUGGAAUAGCUGUACAUUGGUACCAGGACUUCAUUGUUCCCUCCAACGCCUUGACUUCUACCCAUGAAAAAUUUCCAGACAAAUUCAUCCUGGCUACUGAGGCAUGCCUUGGUUCUAUGCCUUGGGAUGGUCGCCAUGUCCAGCUUGGAAGUUGGUUCCGAGGGGAAACCUACGCACAUGACAUCAUAGAGGAUUUGAAUAACUGGGUGACGGGGUGGACGGACUGGAAUAUUGCUCUAAACAUGGAAGGUGGUCCAAACUGGGUCAAAAACUUCGUGGACAGUCCGAUUAUUGUGAACGCUGAAAAGGAUGAAUUCUACAAACAACCCAUGUUCUAUGCCCUGGGACACUUCAGUAAAUUUCUUGUCCCUGGCUCACAGAGAAUAGAGAUACAGGGUAGCAUUUCUGACAAGGAGAUUUUCAUGGUUGCCUUUAAAAGACCCGACUCCUUAUUGGUCUUCAUCCUAUUAAACAAGUCUGAGUUGAGUGGAACAGUUUCUCUGACGAGCACCGGCCGGGAAUUUAUGAACUUGUACUACCCUGCUCAUUCGUUACAGACAGUCUUACUUAGAACAUAAUAUUACUAGGCAACAAUCAAAGUGAUGGCUGUGAUUAGAAUUGUAUUCCAUUUUUUAACUCAUCUGGCACAAAGUGCCUUUCAGAUACGUGUAUGGUGCGAUGUCUGUUGUCCGUCCGUCACUUAAGAGUGUUAUGAAGACCAUCCAUGUGCUUCUUUUUUUGUUUUUGUUUACAUAACUACUAGACAAAAAAAA